GCUCCCGUGGAAAGUAAUUACGCCGCGGCGCGCGUCCUACCGACGCGGAAAAUCGUUGAUUGUCGCGGAAUUAUCGGGUAUCGUUCGGCGCGGACCCUGUGUCAUUCAACCAUCUGUUAGCGGCCAACAAUUAGCCGAAGGAUAAUCGGACAGAAGGACGAGAGCGGAUCGUUACCGGUUUGGAUUAGGUGAUCGUGGCAAAUGAAAGGUGAACGAUCCGGUUUCGACGAUCGUUUUCAUCCCUUCGAUCCUGAUAUCGUACGCCACAUCCGGAGCCACCGAGGUAGAAUGCCGUGUCAACGAUGGCUCCUGAUAUUUUUGAUCGCCGGAACGACGACGCUGAUAGCGGGCCUGCCCGAUCGGGCAAUGGAGGAGUCGAUGUCGUUAACAGGUGCUCUGAACGCCAUCACCAGGAAGCAGAGAGCACUAAACACUGCUCCUCAAGAUUUCUACAACGAUUUGCGGAACAUGAAGUACCGUGGUGCUGACGCCGAUCGUAAUCGUAAGAUCGGCAAGGAGCAUCAGGCCGAGAGAGAAAUCGACGGGGUAGACGAACAGAUUGAAUUUCUACCAAACGAUGUUAGCCAGCUCGAGACAGUGGGAAACGAUCUUCGGACAACGGAUCUGAACGACAAAACCCGCAAGAAAGUGUUGGUGGAUUACUUGAACGGUGUUCUGCAACAGGAAGAACCGGUCACCUCUCUGUUUCGAGAACGCGAAAGAGGCGUCAGUCGUAAACGGACCGGCGGCUCCGAUCGCAUCAACAUCGACAAUAAACAGCUGGCGAAAUUGUUGCUCGAGGAGGAAGACGAAUCUCCGUACAACGUCGAGGAAGAAGACGAGAAUAGGGACGGGAACGGAAAUAGAAACCGAGACGGGGACGAGCCGGGUCGCAUGAACACGAAUGUCCUACAGGCUCUCUACGACCGAUAUAGGACCAAUCUCGAAAACUAUAAAGAUUACGAGAGCGCUGGUUCAAUGCCUUGGGGUGAUUUGCUGAACAAGGAGUCCCUGAUGCAAGAUCAGAACGCGGAAGGCGACGACAUCGAGUAUACCGAUCGAGACGUGGAUCCGAAACUUUUGUAUUUUUUGUUGACCGAACGUAAAACCAUGAACGGAGGGUAUCCUAUUGGAAGCGACUAUAGAACGUAUCGGAACAUGGCCAAACGAUAUCCUGUCUCCAAGAGGAGUCCACAGCCUCCGAAGAAGCAGGCCACGGAUCCUAAGGUCGUUCAAGAUUUGGGAGCGUUGUUCGGCACGCAGUCCUCUACAAAUCACAAUCACACGUACGAUCACGACCACGGUCAUGAUCACGAGCACGACCAUGAUCACGACCACGAUCACGAUCACGAGCACAAGCAGCAAAAGCACGAGAGCUCCACGGAGGCGCCGAAAGUAAACCUUCAGAUGAAAGAUCAGAAGGACAACGCGACGAAGAACGACAAGUCGAAACCCAUCGAGGUCAGAAAGAAGAGCAUCGACUGGUCACAGUAUUUCGGUAUCGAUCGUAGGAGAAAGAAGUCUCUCUUUAUGCCCGGCCAAGGGACGCAGAACCAAGACGACGAGUGGAUGCUGCAACGAUAUUACGAGAAUAUGGGCGACAAUCUAAGAGGAAACGAGCUGGAGUCGAAGAAGGAGAAUUUCAGUAGGAAAGAUCAAUUGAAGAAGACAUUGGCGUGUAUACUGGCGAAAUACUCCCUGGAGAAAAUGGACCGAAAAGCCAAUCAGACCUCGAAUUUUCGGGAGAACAGGAAUUUCGCCAAAUUCACUGAUAAAUAUAAGAGAAACGACGAUGACGACAAUAUGAUCGUCGAAGAUGACGAUAAUGCCAAUGCUGAAGAUGACGAUGAUCUGAUGGUCGAAAGUAAAAACGGCAAUGGCAACGGCAACGGCGAAGGUGUAGUCGAGGGCGAUGCAACCUGUCUGGCUACACGAGAUGUUCAAGAGAUCCAAGAAAGAUGCGUGUUCACGUUAGCCUCGCUGGUGGGAAGCGACUUGCAGAGGCUCUUUCUCGAGCCGUGCGUUAUGCUGGAGUUGUGCAAGGCCUGCGUGAAGGAUGAACUGAAGAAGAACUGUCUGAUGUAUUACUUGCUAGAUACCAAAAGGCUCUGCAACUCGAGACCGGGGAAAAGACCGAACAUGCUUUGCCCCGCGAUAGCCAUGUUCUUUGCGUACUAUCCUUAGUCAACGUUCUUCCCAUUCUUCUUUUUGUUUCGUUCCGUUUUAAUGCUCGGAACGCUGAGUUGCGAUACCGAUAAGAAACGAUUCGCGAUUACAUAUUAGGGGACGUUGUUUCAUGAAAUACACGCGGACUAAAAAAGAGAACCAAAGAGAUCAAUCCAUUUGCGAGGUGUAUGUAUUGGCUGAAUGUUUCGAAUCGUACGUUUGCAAUUUCAUUAUUCUCCUUCUCUUCCUGUUUUUCGAUUAAACGGGACGGUAAAUAAUAUGCGACAAUAACAAUUGACUGCUUGCGAAUGAUCUUACUGCAAUAUUUCACGACCGUACGUCGAGCUUUUCUUGAACUUUCAUUUUUCUAAUUGUACCAUCGAACAUCCUAUAUGAAAAUAAUUGAACAGGUAAAUUAAGCCACAAGUUCGGAUGGGCAAUUUCACUGGCAAAGAGAAAAAAACAGGAAGCGGAACAGAAAUUUCCAUUGGAACGGUCAACGAUCGAUUUCGAUGAACUUGCAACAAUAAUAUUAUACUCGCGGAACGAGAAAUGUAUUUUUACGAUGAUUAUGACGUUUCGUUUAUGAUAACGUUGACGUCCAACACGUCACAUAAGGUCGUACAAAUACUUUCGAAAGAUGCAGUGUUCAGCGUUUAACGCUAUGCCACUAUAGAAUUUCUAUAUGAUUUUCGGAAUUAUCAAAAAUGACACAGAUUGCCGCAACGCAAUGUACUCAAAACGCAUGUACUCGCAUAUCGAAGCGAAUUCGGUGAAGUGGGAAAAGCAGAAGAUACGAAACAAUGUUAACUAUAAUACUGUAUGUGUUAUCAUUUGAAUUGGAUAAGGAGAGCGUAUAUGUGUAUAUUAUUGUCUGUUCUUAGGUUACAAAACUAUGGAUACAGUUUCUGCCGGAGCUGUAUUCGAACAUAAUACAAAUAUAUUUCAACAUAAGUGUCCA